UACCUUCCCCGCACGAUACAGACCAAACCAGGGUUCCGCGUACGCCCAACGGCGAAACCAAACCACUAUCAUCCUCUUCCUCGAGCUCCCCCCCCCCCCCCCCCCCCUCCAUUCCCCUCGCACGGGAUUCCCCAGAUCGACGCCCGAUUCCUCCCCUGCGCGCCGGAAUCCCCCGCCGAAUUGGCCCCGCCCAUGGUGUAAUUGACUGCCCCGAGCCCGCUGGCGAUGGAGGCGCAGUGGCUCCCCGAGUACCCGCACCAGGCCGCCGACAACCGGCCGCGCAAGCGGCCCCGCCUCGCCUGGGAUGCCGCGCCGCAGCUCUUCCCGCCUCCCAAGGCAAUCCCGAUGCUAUAUUGUGGGCAGGAACUAAUCAAUGGUAAUUUCACUACUGCUUUCCUGCCGCCACCACCAAUUUAUUAUGCUGGACCACCACGGAAUCUUUCGCCACCUUGGAGGCCGGAUGACAAGGAUGGACACUAUGUUUUCACACUCGGCGAGAACCUUACGCCAAGAUAUAGGAUACUUAGCAAGAUGGGCGAAGGGACCUUUGGGCAAGUUUUGGAAUGCUGGGACUUGGAAAACCAAGAAUCAGUAGCUAUCAAGAUUGUGCGUUCCCUGCAGAAAUACCGAGAGGCUGCUAUGAUUGAAAUUGACGUGCUUCAGAGACUCGGGAAGCAUGAUUUUACUGGUAGUCGUUGUGUGCAAAUACGGAAUUGGUUUGACUAUCGUAAUCAUAUAUGUAUAGUAUUUGAGAAGCUUGGGCCAAGCUUAUACGACUUCCUACGAAAGAAUAGCUACCGUUCAUUUCCUAUUGAUCUUGUUCGGGAGUUUGCCAGACAAAUAUUAGAGUCUGUUACAUUUAUGCAUGACCUGCGGCUUAUUCACACGGAUCUUAAGCCAGAGAACAUUCUGCUUGUUUCAGCUGAUACAAUCAGGGUUCAUGAUUAUAAGAUUCCUAUACGCCCAGCCAAGGAUGGUUCUGUUUUCAAGAACCUUCCAAAAUCGAGUGCUAUCAAGCUUAUCGAUUUUGGAAGUACAACAUUCGAUCAUCAAGACCACAAUUACGUUGUGUCAACAAGGCAUUACCGUGCCCCAGAAGUUAUCCUUGGUCUUGGGUGGAAUUAUCCAUGCGAUCUUUGGAGUGUGGGAUGCAUUUUGGUUGAGCUCUGCUCGGGGGAGGCCUUAUUUCAAACACAUGAAAAUUUGGAGCAUCUUGCUAUGAUGGAGAAGGUUCUAGGCCCCCUUCCCAAACACAUGAUCGCCAGAGCUGAUAGACGAGCUGAGAAAUACUUCAGGCGUGGAUUAAGGCUUGACUGGCCAGAGGGGGCGGCCUCACGAGAAAGCAUGAAGGCAGUAUGGAAAUUGCCUCGUCUGCAGAAUCUGGUCAUGCAACAUGUCGACCAUUCUGCCGGGGAUCUAAUAGAUCUUCUUCAGGGGCUUCUUCGAUAUGAUCCUGAUGAGCGUCUUAAGGCACGACAAGCCCUUCAACACCCUUUCUUUACCAGAUGCCACAGAAGAUGUGGUUACUGAGAUUAUACUGAGAUUGAAAUGCUCAAUUCUGUAUUUCUUCAUUUCGAUGUGUAAGAGCUACCAAAAAAAUGGAAAUGUUCUGCAGAAAAUGAAAUGUGCUAACUCACAUUCUGUUCAAUGAUGUGAAAGGUAACUGUUGUAUAUAAAAUGACUUUGUUGACAGUUGAUUUAUUUACACCAGGAGGUAUUUUUUCAA